ACCAACACUCUUGUUCUCAAAACCAAGAGUGGACAGACAAAUCACGUACCUUUCAUAGGUACCACUGCAACACCACGCCUCGAUCCUCCUCCCCCGGAGCUUUCCAUGCCCACACCAUCUCCUACUAUCACUGUCACCUCGCCUCGGCAGUUCGCUCAGGACGACGUCACCUUCUUUAUGCUGAACGUUACGGAUCUUUUGCACUAUCAUCCACCUUGUCUCGACGCUGAGCUCAUCUCUCUGAAGCCAGAUCCUCCUUCUAUCUCCAUGGCUUCCAUCUCUGCCUCCCUGCCUCUGUCGUUCGUCGAGUCUACCCAGUCGUCGUGCGCAGACGCUGAUGCUGAGGAACGCACACGUCAUACGGCCGACCUGGAGCCCGCAAUUUGUGACCUUAUUCGAGAGUACCAUGACCUUUUCCCAUCGUCGUUCUCCUAUGCCAACAUCCCACCGAUGCGCGACGUCGAGCACUCCAUCCAGCUUGUGCCCGACUAUCUGGAUGGAACUCUCCGUCUCUGCAUCGAUUAUCACAGUUUCAACCACUACACGGUUAAGGACAGCUACCCCAUGCCUCGUUUCGACGAGUUGUUCGACCGCCUAGCAGACAACCACUUCUUUACGAGGAUUGAUCUUCGUAGCGGUUAUCAUCACAUCCGCGUCGCUGCAGCGGACCAACUGAAGACAGCGUUCCGAUCUCGCUUCAGCCACCAUGAGUUUACGGUGAUGUCAUUUGGGCUCACCCAUGCACCCGCUACCUUCCAGACGGCGAUGAACGAUAUUUUCAGGGAUAUCCUAGAGCAGUAUGUUCUCAUCUACCUUGAAGAUAUCCUAAUCUACAGUCGUACCCUUGAGGAGCAUCUCAGAGACCUCCGCGACGUGCGCGGACAUGACUUCUACGCCAAGCUGAGCAAGUGCCACUUUGCCCAACGCAAAGUGAAUUUCUUAGGACACUACGUGUCUGACCACAGUCUCCAUAUGGACGACUCGAAGAUCACUGCUAUCGCGGACUGGCCUAACCCCAAGUCCGUCAAGCAGCUCCGACGUUUUCUUGGACUUAUAAAGGAGGACGAAGAGGAAGAGGACGAAGAAGAAUAUGACAAAGAAGAGGAGGACGAAGAAGAAGAGGGCGAAGAAGAGAACGACGAAGAAGAGGACAAAGAAGAAGAAAAUGAAGAAGAAGAGGACGAAGAAGAGGACGAAGAAGAGGAUGAAGAAGAGGACGAAGAAGAAGAAAACGAAGAAGAAGAGGAAGACGAAGAAAAGGACGAAGAAGAAGAAGACGAUGAAGAAGAGGACAACGAAGAAGAAGAUGACGAAGAAGUACAUGACGGCGAAAAAGAAGAGGACAACGAAGAAGAAUUUGAUGAAGAAGAAGUAGAGGACGAUGAAGAAGAGGAAGUAGAGGACGACGACGACGACGACGUAGAAGAAGAAGAAGAAGAAGAAGAAGAAGAAGAAGAAGAAGAAGAAGAAGAAGAGGAGGAGGAGAAGAUAGAGGAGGAGAAGAUGGAGGUGGACUACAAGGACGACGACGAAGAAGAAGUAAAAGAAGAAGAACAACAAAUUUGAGAAGAAGAAGAAGAAGAUGAAGAAGAAAAGGAGGACGACCCGAAGGAGGGGGAGCACGAGGUAGAGGAGGAGGAAGAGGAGGGGUUGUGGUGCAUACUUACCUCAAGAUGGCGGUGGAGAUGGCGGGGCUGGAGUGUCGCGUCCUCGCGACCGCACACAUACGCUCGUCAUUGCGAGGGCGGUACUAUCAGGCAGGCGGGGCCGGGGCAGGGGCGGCGGUGGGCGUGGGAGGGCGGUCCCCCCCCCCUGCAGUGAUUUGAAUUUGAAACU